AUGAGUCUCGAAGAGGAGGUAUUUAAGAUUGGUAAGCAGCUGGAAAAGAUCGUUGGCGAAGAAGGAACGGUGAGUCAGUGACGUUUGUUGAUAUUUUACCGGCCGGUCGUACCACGCGUUCUAAGAACCCAUUCACGAGAAAGGAUUUCAAUCCUGCUGUUUACUGUAAAGUGAAAUUAACGCAAAGCGUUUGCUGUUUGGGAACUUCUGAUGUAGUUAUACCGACUGAAUUUAAUGCUUGAUUAAUUUUUAAGUUUCUAAAGAUGCAGAUGUUAAAAAAACCUUGUUUCAUAUUCAAAGAGAAAAAAGAUAGCGUUUCAUGUUUGUUAAACACUGUAGUAUCUGGCUAAAGUUCAAAAUGUAAGUUUUAAAAAUUCUGAACUGAUCGCUUUAGAUUGCUUUUAUUUGUAAUGUCAAGAAUUUCUUUAGCACAUCAAUAUGUUCAAUGUGUACCUGCAUCUUGACAAUGUUAAUGAGUAUUUUCUGUUUCGCUAGCUUGCAAUAAAUUAAAACUUUUAAAAUCUUAUAAGAAAAAGUCUGGUUCGACGUUAGCUUUACACGAUUUAGUUUUAGAUCUACCCUCGUGUAAUCAAGAUUGUAUAUCCGUAGAUGAUUGUUUGUUGAAAGAAACACAUCGUUUUGCAGGACGUUAGUGUCCCAAAAGAAACCACCAGCACGUACGUGCACAUUCGAUAAUUAUGAAGGGGAUGUUUUUUGCGCAGACCCUUCAAUGUUUGUCCUUGUAGUUUUACAGUGGUUAAAUGGACACUACCUGGAUUUUUAUCACCUUCAGCGGUAUGAAGUGGAACCUCGAUAUAACAAAGGGCCAAGGGAGUUCCUUUUCAUAUAUUUUACUAUUGCUGGGGCAAAGGAUAUUGUUCGUUAUACCAAGGACUUUGUUAUAUAGAGGUUCGUUAUGUUGAGGUUCCACUGUACGUGUACAAUUUUUUUUCGUACAAGUAUUCAACUGGAGCUUUUCAUAAAGGUGUUUGACUUGAAAGAUUUGGGAGUAAAGUCUGCUAACACACAGUACAUGUACCUCUGGAUGAAUACUGUUACUUUCCCGUUAGUCAGAGCAUCAGACUCGCAAUCCAGGAGUUCCCAGCUCAUGCAUGCUGUGGCCACUAUCUGGAUUUGUUUCUUAUUCCUUAAAUCCUCGACCAACCGUGGCUGGUCAAGGAUGUCGCAGAAGUCAAUCAUUGUACUCACGUUGCUUUUGCUUGCAGUAGUUCUAGUUUUUUGUUUGCCCUCAACCCUCCCUCCUUUGUGGAUGCUUUUCUUGGUAAGUAUCUGCACCUUUUCCACUGAGGUUUUCAGUGUGACGGUGCGAGGUGGGUGCCGCUCACAGGGUUGUCAUGGUUACCUUUUAGGCUUGCUUGCAGCCCCCUUCUGUUUCACCAGGCACCUUCCCCACACCCAUCUAUUUUUGAUGGGUUUAAUCCUGUUUUGUCCUGUUGAAGUAUAAAACGGGUAAACUAGCUGGUGCAACUGAGUGUAUUUUCAUUGUACUCAUAAUUAUAACAAAAUUCUCCAAUCUGAUUGGCUAGUAAUUGCUCUGAUUUCAGCAUUAAAACGACAGUGUAAUAAGACAGUAUGCAUCAUGCCUAAGUGGAUAGUACAUGCCACUGGCGCACACUCGAAAGGGUUUAUUUUUCACCUCCAACAUAAAAUUCCCCGAAUAUCUGGUAAUUAAAUUUUAAAAAAGCUUAAAAUAUCAUUAGUUAUGUUUUAAUGGUAACAUAGCUUUGUGUCGUUCAAUUCAGUCUGUAAUCAUACAUGGACUCCUGAUUAAACAAAUUGGACUUCCACUAGGACCUUACUAAUAAAGAGACUUUCAGUUGAAUUUUUAUUAAAAUGGUCCCCCUAAUUUGUAAAUAAAUGAAAAGUCAAUGUCUACCAAAGACAGGAAAUUGUUUGUCCUUAAACAAACAAAAAACUGUCAACCGGUUAGAUCUUCUUCCAAAACAAAUGAAAUACAAAAUUUUUUUGACCAAGAAAGCACCAAACCUAUCCAUAUUAAGAUACAACUGUUACUGUUUCAAGAAUGAUAGCAAAUUUGUGCUUUGCGCUCAAAUUUUUAACCGAAAAACAUACAGCAGCUCUGAGAAUACCUAUCUUUUUUUCUUUUUUUUUUAUUAGCUUCGAGAUACAGGUGCUGGUAAAAGCUAAUUUAUCAGCAAAACAAUAGAACAUCCAUUCUAAAAUAUUUUCUAAACAUUUUUUAACAUUUAUUUGUACAUUUCUUCAGAUGGAUUCUGACGGUGCAGUGGAUCUUUUAAAAAGGCUUAAAGAUCUUCCAAUCACGUUAGAAGUCCUUCAGAAGACGAGAAUAGGAAUGUCUGUUAACACUCUGAGAAAAAAGAGUGAAAACUCAGAUCUGCAAACACAGGCUAAAGCACUCAUUAAAUCAUGGAAGAAACUUCUACCAGGUGAUAAAAUACACAGAGAGUGGAGCUUAGUAGUUAGUUUUGAGUCCUUUGUACUCAAACCUAUUCCCAUCAGGGCAACUUCUUAAAAUGGUCAUAACAAGAUGUAUUUGUGUGACCAUCAUUUCGUGGAGUAAAUUUAAGGGCAAAUAAGCUUGAAGAAUUGUAUUAGGUAGUAUCAUGAAUCUAGAAUAUCUACGAACACUUACAUUUUCCAGCAAAAUUUGGUAGCUGCUAUUAAAUCAAAAGUAAUACAGUUGAACUUCCAUAUGCGACCACCUCUUAGAAGCAACCACCUCCCAUAAGCGACCACCCAUUCAAAAACUAAAAUUUCCCCUGUCGAAGCCCCAUAAUAAUAGAACCUCUCAUGAAUGACCACCUCUCAGAAGCAACUGUUUUUGACCUAAUGCUCCACUGUUCUUAACCUUUAACCUCUAACCACUUCACAAAGUGUGUGUUCCCUGUGUUCACUGUACAAGUACUACACCACUCAGAGUAUUCGAAGAAGUUUCAGUGACAGCAUGGAACUACACGCAUGUGUAACUUAGAAAUUGCAUGCAAUUGAUUAUCCACCAAAAAGUAUGUGUCAUUACCUCUUCUCAAAAGAGAACUCCUGUGGUUCGAUUCUUGUAAGCAACCACCUCCUGUAGCUCAGUUGGGAGAGUGCCGGUCUGCUGAGCGGGAGGUCAUGGGUUCAAAGCCCCGGCCAGACCAACACUCACGGUCUUUAAAUAACUGAGAAGAAAGUGCUACCUUUGUAAUGACAUCUGAAAAUGGUUAGACUUUCUAGUCUUCUCAGAUAAGGACAAAAAACUGAGGUCCCAUCUCACAGCACUUUCACCGAUUUGUUCUUGUGAGACGUAAAAGAACCCACAUCACUAUUCGAAAAGAGUAGGGUUUGUAGACUCCGGUGGUGUGGCCAACCUUUAUAGGUUGUGGAAUUGGGUAGGGAUGGCACCUCGCAUUGGACCUGAAUCCCUUUCGUGCACAUUCCCUCUGGGCAGGCCUGUUUCCAGAAAAGCUGGUAAAUAAAUAAGUGACCUCUAAGUCUCCACAUUUGGGUGGUUUGACUGUAAUUAUUGCCCGAGAAAGGGACCUGCUGCACUUUGUCCUCAGUUAGACCCGGAGUGUUAGUUUGGCCAGGGUUUGACCUGCAAAAUGGCACUUAAUAUCCAAUUAUUGGGUUAACCAGGUGGCAGUAAGUCUACUUUGAGUGGCUCUAACUGUUUUAAAUAAUUUUUCAGAAAAAUCCGGAGGUAAAACGGAGGAAAAUGGAGACAGAUCUAAGACACCAGUCAGUGAAAAAUCCAGUCGAAGCAGUUCACCUGCACAGAGUACCAAGUCAUCCUCCUCUGCACCCAGUACUCCUCAAGACAACAAAGUAGUCACUUUUCCACCUCCAAAGGUCACUGGUGACUCUGUACGUGGGAAGUGCAGAGAAAUGAUUGUCAAUUCUCUUAAGGUGGAAGUUGAAUUUGACCAGGGUAGGUGAUUUGUAUGCUAAUUUGUUGAAUAGGCCAGAUUUUUUUAAAUUUUAUUUAGCUACUUACAUGUAAGUUUGCCAAUUCUUGGCAGGGCCACCACAGCAGUGCAUGGUGCAAGAUACUGAAGGCUCAUAACAGUCCUUUCCCCCAUGAGAUAUAGACCACCCCACCGGGGAACUACAUGUACGUCCCCAACUCCUUACAAACAGUGCAUGGGUUCCUUAAUAUCCCACAAAACUUAUACGUGCAAGAUUUGUGAGAACGCUAGAAAUUCUAGCCAUUUACAGAUGUCUUGAUGAAAGCAGCACUUUCUCCUCAGUCAUUUAAAGACCAUGAGUGUUGGUAUGGCCCGGGUUUGAACAAGCAGCCUCCCACUCGGCACACUAGCGCUUAUCCAAUUGAGCUAACUGAGUGCCAGCGGUUAUUUCAGUUACAUUGUGUUGAGUUAAACCCUUGAUUCAAGCGUUAAACUGCUAGGGAUUAAAAUAAAUCUGCUACUAAUUAAUUUUAGCAUACCAGUAACAGAGUGUGUGAUGCAAAUUUUGAUAGUUUGCUGCAUUCGUACUUGAAAAAGUGUUUUCUUGUUUUUAUUUUACAGUUAUGACUCCAGAAGACUUUGCUGCAGCGUGUGAAGAAUGUAUCCUUCUUUCUACACCAUCUUACAAACUGUUUGGGACUUAUAGAAAUUUUAGUCAUUUUAACCAGUAUACCAUUAACUUUUUCUCAGGCACACGCACAAAAUUUUACUGGGAUAACCACCUUGGCUGCUUCAAUCUCUAUUGGCCAGAGGGCCUGAUUUUCUUUUACCUUGACAGGAAUAUUAACUGUUAUGUAGUAAAAAAACUUUGUUAUUAAUUUAACAUGUAGCAGUAAAUAUAGUGUUAAAGCAGUGUUCUCGCCAGGAUUUUAUCUUGGGGAGUUCCACGGCCCCCUCUGUUGAGAAAUAGGGGCCCUGUAAGAACAUUAGGGGGACAAAGUUACUCAUGGCCCAUGAGUGGUGUUGAAAAAAUUCUUCGUGAUUUCUGUGGCUUCCAUUUCAUCAAAGCAUGUUCUAGGGACUUAAAGACAAAAGAAAGAAUCUUAUCUUCGCUGUGCCAUCGUGCAUAAGCUGUUUCUUCAUCAGCAAAAACCACAUGGUACAAAUAACCUGAGCCCACACUCCAAAUGAUCUGUUAUAUGAAUUACCUACCUGAUUAUGGCUGAUGGGGUGUUUAUGAUUUGAUUACAAUGCAUGCUUCAAUCUUCGCAAUGUACAUGGGACCAAUGAAAGCUAAGGAAAUAGAAUUAAAGACUUUGAAUCUUUUGAUAUCAUGUUUUUUUAUUCAUUCAACCAAGCAAAAUGCUGGGGACCACGUUCGAUUGACCAUUAAAACUACUUAACUGCAAAUGUUCUAAAGUCAGGUUGACUCAUAGCAUGCCCCCUGCGCCCUAACGGGUGCAUCUUCUUGGCUUUUCAUCCACCAUCUCAGAUUUUCUUGCGGGAAUCCUGCAAGGCCGCAGUUUGUUGAGAACACUGUUAAAGUUUGUAUUUUCUACCUUGACACCUUUUAAGGUAUUUUCCAGGAGUUCAAAGACACAAAUGCCAAGUACAAACAGCGGGUCAGAAGUCGUGUUAGCAACCUUCGUGAUGCCAAGAAUCCACUUCUUAAAGUAAAAGUUCUAUCCGGCCAGAUUACUCCUGAGAAGUUUGCCACAAUGCCCACAGAGGUAGGUUAUGAAAAUAUAGCACUUACAGUAUGAAUUAAAGGAGCUGUGCCAUGAAAUUUAGGCAAAUUCAGCCACUGUGAACUUUCUGCCAAAUGAUGCGAAGCAUUCAAAUAACUGCAUAGAAGAUUUCAUGGUCAUGACUCCUAUUUAAAGUUAGGGCAAGUAUGGUGGAAAAUACAGUGUGUUUUCUUAAAUAUCCACAGCCAGAAAGCUUUUGGUAUACAGUCUAACAUUUUCUAAGGAAAUUCAAGGAUGUGCUCUAGCAGAGCCCAGUGGCCCCUGGUGCCUAACUUUUGCUCUUGGGCGACUGGAAAAUCUUAGUUUAUUCAUACAAAUCAUAUGCUGGUCACCCUGGAUUUUCCAGGUUAAGAGCACUGGGCUUCCUUCAGUUUUCCUUAGAGCACAGUCUUGAAAUUUAAAGGACCCUCUUAGAUGUAGAAUCAGACUCUAUGUAAAAUUUAAAUGCUAUGGCAUGAAGCUAUUUCAAGGCUAUGUUGUCAGUAUAUAGAAACUAUAGGUUACAAACAGUAUGUUUUUUUCUAUGCCUCUGCUCUGAUAUGUGCCAGUCAUACGGAACCAAGGUAAAUUCCGUGUAGUUUUGAGAAAUAUAGACAGAAAAAUUAAAAUGGGUUGCAAUAUUGGCAAAAUAUAUUGAAUUUAAGUUUUCAGCCUACCAGUGCUUUAAAUUUUAUCUCCACUGUUUGUUCAGAGAUGUGACAUCUGUUUGUCACAAAGCUAUGAUUUUGUCGUUUACAUUUCAUCGCAAAACACAGAAGCUUGAUAGGUUCCGGCACGUUAUUUGUACAGAAAGUUUUACUUCCUAGUAUGGAACAUGUGCACAGUAGAUCUGUGAACCUUUGCAUGGUUUAACUUGGCUUAGCUGGAAAAGCAGGUGCUUCAGAAAUUUAAAAUAGAACGAGCAUUUAGAUUAUAUAAUUGGAUCAUGCAGAGAUACUCAGUAGGUAUAAUGUGAGGAGUUUGCCCUCUGGGAGGCUCCUGCAGCAAAAUCUAUUUUUGGGAGCCAUGAAAAGUACAUUUCAGUACGCAGCCAAUAGAUUUUUAGCAGGAAGAAUAACACCUUUAUUUCCGUCAUCUGGCUUUAAUUUAUGUCACAGGUUUGUUUUUAUUGAACAAAAAUGUUGAAAAAGAGAAAACUGAUUUAUUGUGCAACUUAAAAAGUUAUUUUAUGUGAUGAGACUGUGUUUCCAUGAUGACUACUAGAUGGCAAGUUUUGCCAGUCAUUAGAGCUCUCGGAGAACCCUGCCUAAAGCACCUUCAAUUAACUGGGAGUGGUAGCAUUUUGGAACCACUCCUAUAAUUAUGUGCGGAAAGAUUAAUUACUCCUGUGCUCUUUGUGUAUCGUACCUGUAUCAGUAAACUCAUGAUUGAUCUGCCUCCAGGUGAAAUACCCUUGGAGAAAAGAGCGGUAGAAGGAAAUUUGCACUAAUCUUCAAUCAGUCGACCAAAGACUUUGUUUUGCUUUGAAUUUGAGAAAGCAAAAAAAGUGCUAAUACACUCCAAAGUUAUUCUUUUUUAUAAUAUUACUUUUUAAGCAUGCACAACACUCAUAAGAAAUGAGAUAAUAGCUGAAGGUAAAAUGUCUUGCUUUUAAAACAAUUUCUUCUUGUUAAUACAUUUAUACGUUUAUGCAUACUGUAAGGGUUUAGAAUGUGAAGCUUCAAACACCUCAGAAGUUUUAGCCUGCAGAACAGGCGUUAGUUUUUGCGUUUUUCAGGCGAGCGAAGGCAAGCGCGAAGCGAGCGAGAAGCGCGAUACACGCGCGACGUAGGAAGGCUCUCUCCACGCCCGCUUCAUAGUUCGUCCCCCUAAAAAGGCGAAAAAUAGAACCUGUUCUGCAGGCUACUGAAGUGUCUGUGUUUUGCUGCUGGAGUCUUUUUUCUUGUCUUCAUUUUCUCCUUUUUGUGCAAGGGCAGAUGUGAAGACACUUCUGUUAGUGUCAGUGUUAGUUCAGUGCCUGUUACACAACGUGUAACAGACACUGAGGCUGGUUCUUUUUUAUCUCAGGAAAUGGCAAGUGACGAGAUGAAACAGUUACGGCAGGAAAUUGCAAAGGAAGGUAUCCGUGAAGCUCAGGUGGCAAAGAAUCAAGGCACUGAGACAAACCUGUUCAAAUGUGGGAAAUGUGGCAAGCGGAAAACUACUUAUACUCAGCUACAGACACGCAGCGCUGAUGAACCUAUGACCACCUUCGUGCUCUGCUUAGAUUGUGGAAAUCGGUGGAAGGUAUGUUCAUUUAAUAACAUUUACCAAUAG